UCCGAAUUCAACUUGCCUCUGGCAUAGUGAUUUGCACCAGUCGUUUAACUGGUUUACGAGUGGGAAAUUCGAACCGUGAUAGUUUGUCGCUGACUCCGAUCGGUUUAUAGUUAGGUUAUAGGACAAUCUUGGGACAAUCGCAACAGUAAAUCGGACAGGAAUCCGACAGAUCAUUGCGACCAGCUCGGUUUCAGUCAUCCAGAAUUGGCUCGCAGCUACGGCCCACGCAUAUGAGUGGUUGAUUCUCAACUAUUCAGCGACUAUUCUUUGACAUUACAUCGCCUCAUAGAUCGGCCAUGUCCCUACUUGUUCUCAGUGCUGGAGAUGUACAACGAGUUACUUCUACAUUCUCCCCUCAGUAUCUUCAGCUUCUUAUGGCCGAUGUUUUCGCGUUGGUAUCCACACCUAAAACCGGAUCCUCGCCUCUUUCAUACACCCCACAUCGGAUAGCGAUACCGACUGAACGUCACAAAGCGCUCUUUAUGCCAGCUCGAAUCUCUGCAGUAGGGACAACCAUGAAAGUUGUCUCAGCUCCUACGGAUGCAAGCGAUACGGGAGGCCUGCCUGCCAGUACGAUUGUACUGGAUAAGCAAUCGGGCGCAGUCAAAGCGAUAGUCAACGCGAGGAGUUUGACAGCUCUUAGAAAUGCUGCAGGGUCUUUACUCUCAACGACCCUCAUUGGACCGGUAAAGCCGAGCCACAUAGUAGCGUUCGGGGCGGGUCAGCAAAUCUUAGCCAAUCUGGACCUCCAUCUCAAGGCAUUCUCUUCAAUCAGAACGUGCACGGUUGUCAAUAGAUCCCUAAACUCUCGCGUACGCGACUUGGUCGAUAAGCUGAAGUCUUCCCAUCCUUCAGUGGAGAUAAAUACACUCUCGCUUCGCACAGGGGACGAUCAACCGAGUGAUGGGGUCAAGGAGGCUCUUUCCACGGCAUCGAUAGUCAUAACAGCCACGCCCUCUUCAAAUCCGCUGUUUCCCUCUGCUUGGGUUCCUUCGGGCACCCACGUCAUAUUGAUCGGGAGCUACACGAAGCAGAUGAAGGAGAUCGACAGAGACCUUGUAAUGCGUGCUGUUCAUUCUCGGGAAACGAUUUCAAAGAAACCCUUGCCGAGACUUCUUGUUGACUCCGUUGAGGCUUGUUUGCAAGAUGCUGGAGAGUUGAUCGAUGCAGGAUUGGGUAAAAAGCAAAUGUCAGAAAUUGGGGUGCUUGUCGUGGCAGCUCGCGCUCGUAAUGGACAUGCUACUCCGGAGGAGAUGAGAGAUAUUCUUUGGUCGACUACAGAUCUCAGGGAGGGGCAAGGAAUAUCGUUUGAUGGCCCUAUUACGUUGUUCAAAUCGGUUGGAAUCGGAUUACAAGAUGUAGCAGUCACGAUCGCUGUUAUUGAAAAAGCCAAAGAGAUUCAGGCAGAGGAUGGCACGGGGCUGGGAGUCUUGCUGAAUGAUUACGAUACGGCCUGAAGAACUUAUCGACUCUCGACUUUCCAAGUUCAUACUGACAUUGCUAGUUGACUUCUGGUUACUGAAUUCUUGCGUUGACAUCGAAAGCUAUCCAAUCUACCCUUCAGGGAACUGUAAGGGGUUGUAUGUAAAUCCUAUAUAACGAAUUUCGGGUUUAUUCUCAC